GGAUGUAGAAACGUCAACUGUCACCUACAAAUGGCGGUAUUUUCCGAAUAAGUUUUGUGGUUAAACUUUUGUCCAGACGAGUCAUGUUUUCUCAUUAUAUUUGGUAAAAUAUUAUGCAACAAUGGCCAAUGAGGCAGUGCUAAAAUAUUUAGUGGACACAAAUCGCCCAUAUUCGUGUGCAGACGUAACAGUUAACCUCCGUGGUGCCUUUUCGAAAUCCGCUGUGCAGAAGGCGUUGGACUAUCUGAGUGAAAAUGCAAAAAUUCGUUGUAAAUUGUAUGGAAAACAGAAAGUUUACGCAGCCAUACAGCCGGAAAAUGUUAUAGAAGACGGAGAUACUGAAGACUAUGACGCUCAAUGGAAGUCAAUAACUGAAGAAUUAUUGGAAAAAACCAACACUUUAAAAACAGCAGAAACAAACUUAAAGACUAUCUUGACCGCUCCCACAACUGAUUUAGCCAAGUCCCAAAUAGAGGAGCUGAAGGGGAGAAUAGAGGGUUUCGAGAACAAGUUGAAGGUGUUGAGUACUUCUACUAAUGUUAUUAGUGCUGAGGAAAAGACCGCUAUUAUGAGCCAGCAUGAGAAAUUCUUGAAAGAGUACAGGAGUCGCAAAAGAAUAUCGACCGACAUCAUCGAGGCGGUACUGGAGGGCUAUCCGAAAUCGAAGAAGAGCUUGCUAGAAGAACUUUGUAUUGAGACAGAUGAAAUGGCUAAUUUUAAAUUAAUGAAUUAAUUUGGAAAAGCACUAAGUGUU